UUGCAACACAGUUGAGUGAAAUGUCAAACAUACAAAUACGACUAGCUUCGCUAUUAUUGCGUGAGAACUACGGUGAAAUUGUGGAAAAGGUCGGAUCAUACUUGAUAAAGUAUGGCUUGAAAGCACUGCGUGCAAUCGCUCUAGAUACGAACUUAAAACUAGAUCAGGUACGCAAAGCAUUGUGUGUUCUUAUAACGCACAAUAUGGCAAAGUUCACGUCUACCAAACGUGGUAUAAUAUAUUACCAAGUUAGUGUGAAAACUGUAUUGCUAUUGUCAAGGUAUCCAAGGUAUAUAUAUUCUGUCAAAACACUUUAUGGAGAUGCAGGAGAACUGAUCGUAGAAGAGAUCUUACAGAAUGGUCAAUUAUUGAUGAGUAAAGUGGUGCGCAAAGUGACAGAAAGAUUGAAUGAAGCGUUAGAAGAUAGAACGGUAGAGGAAAGUUUUGUGCGGGAUAAAUUUAUUGAUUUGGUGAGCACCCAUUUUCUCCAAAGAGUAGUGAAUCCACCAUCAGACAUCGAUUCAACAGUUACAGAGUCAGAAACAGCAAUUGAGGAAGAAGAUUUAUACAAAAUACCUGAAGCAAUGAAAAUUGAAGGUUGUAUAUCCCGAAAAAGAAGAAGAUCAGAAGAUGAAGAUAGGGGAACAAAAAGAAUAAGAACUGAUUCCACUGCAUCUGAAGAUCCAAGUGAGAGUUUUCCAGAUGAUGGUGUUUAUUGGCAUACUAAUUUUGAUAGAUUCCAUCAGCAUCUCAGAGAUCAGGCUAUCAUUGAUGCAGUGUCGAGAAGAGUAGAUAAAAUUGGAGCAGAGAUUGUACGAACAAUGUUACGUAUGAGUGAAUUGACCACAGAUCCCAAGGCAACACUGACCAAACCAAUGUCCAGCCAUGAAAUAUUUCACGCGUUAUCAAGAGAACUUAACAUCCCAAGACCCACAUUAGACCAGUACCUAAAACUUCUUGCUGAUGACCAGAUUGACUUCAUCAAUAAAACUGGUGAGAGCGGUGGUGGGAUAUAUGUCAUCAAUAUUUACAAAGCUAUAAAAUCACUGUGUAUAGCCCAUAUAGAGUCAGUUGUACAGGAAAGGUUUGGUUCAAAAUGUUACAGAAUAUUCAGGUUGUUACUCCUGAAGCAGCACCUUGAACAAAAACAGGUUGAAGAGUUUGCAAUGAUUCCAGCUAAAGAGGCCAAGGAACUUCUAUACCAAAUGUUUUCUGAACACUUUGUAUCCGUACAAGAAAUCCCCAGAACCCCUGACCAUGCACCAUCUAGGACCUUUUAUUUAUUUUCUGUGAACUUGAACCAAGUUUGUCGAAUGCUGCUUGAGAGGUGUUACAAAACCAACGCUAAUUUAAUAGCCAGACGAGAACAUGACACAUAUGAAAACAGGAGGCUGCUUGAGAGGUCACAGAGGAUAGAGGCAGUAGUGGCUGCAUCUUUAAGAAACAAUGAUGGUAAUCCUGAACAAACAGCGGAACUUGAAGAAAUGAUAACUCCACCUGAAAGAGCACAACUCAACAAACUCAAACACAAUGUCAAUAAGUAA